UCUAUAAACGGCAACGGUAGUAGGCGUUUCGUGUUUCUAUACGCGUUACACCGAAAUAAAUACACGAUAAUCGACGUAAAUGAAACCGCUGCAAUACCGACUCAGGGAUUCGCGUUCAUGCUGGUCACGAGAAUAACAUUCGCGGCGCUGUUGCUCGGCCCGCAACAUUUCGCGUGUUGUUGCUUCGAACUCGAGUGUUCCUUUGACCAACAUUAACCGAUGCGACAAUUUUUUCGUUCAGGUGUACGUUAUUCGCGAUAUCGGUAUUUUCCCAGUGAAUUGUUCGUUCUCAUCGAAACAGAAAUUCUUUCGUUGAGUCAUUUUUCUUGGUGUUUCUUGCCCCUUUUUAUUAUUCGUUGCAGUUGUUCUUAGGAGGUUGCUUUGUAUUGGCAGGUGUUUCAUUGUCACAACGGAUGAAACGAAUAUUUUUCUCUGGAAAGGUCAUAUUACUUCGUACGAGAAAUUGCAGGUACCCGCUGAUUUUUUCAUCACGGGAAGAAAAUUGUUUGAUAAUAGUGGAUAUACUGUCGGCCGAUCAAGCGCAAUUUCAAAACUAACCAGAAUAACGAGCAAUUUCUAAUUCUCGAAGCUGGCUUUUAUCGAAGAAAGUUUCGAAUCUUAUCGAUACAGACAAGCACGGAGGAGUACAGGGAAGUACGGAGAAGUAAAAUAUUCUUUCGGCAACAGUUUUUUCAACGUUGAUCGCAACGUACCAGAAAUAUUCUAUCGUAUCUUACUUGGUUUACGUACCAUAGUUGAAACAGGAAAGAAUGUGUGACCGAGGGUAAUGAUCGUGGAAGAUUAAGCUAUGGCCAACAGAAAAGACAAAUCGUCGGCAGGUUUUCUGGACACAUGGUUCGGCCGACCAAAAAAAUCCGGGCGUGGAGGUGGGGUCAGAAGUGGUUCGGGAAAUCACACGAUGCCUCGACCCCAUUCCGGCGAUGAUUUCAACGAGAUCGAACAGCAACGAUCCAUCAUCGAGAGAAUGGACGAGGAAACAGUAAACGACAAGUUCGAGGAGAUGCUGGCGAACAUGAAUCUCACCGAGGAGAAAAAGGAACCUUUGCGGCAGCAGUCGGAGACAAAAAAGAAAGAAAUGUUGGUGUUGCAUUACAAAGGCAGCGUUCAAGAAAAUAGGUCGAAAUUCGACAAACCGGCGGAUUAUAUACAGUAUUUAGCGCAACCCGACUUGAGCGUCAACAAAAUUUACAGCUGCAUCGAAUCGUUGAGAAUAGCGUUGACAAACAAUCCGCUUAGUUGGGUUCAAGAAUUCGGAACGAAGGGAUUGAAACAGGUUUUAGCCACGCUGAACGAGUGCUACCGGAAUGCCUUCGUAUAUUAUGAUAGGUAAUUCAUGCAAACAUACUACAAAAUACGCUUUAGUUUUUAUUUUUCUUAUUUUUCUUAUAUUUCUUGUAUUUCUUGUAUUUCUUAUUUUUCUUAUUUUCUUAGCGAUAGAAAGUUUUGCGACUUUGACUUUCGUUUUUAAGCUGUUAGUUCUCAUUAACAAAGCGUACGCGAGAGAAAGACCGAUCGAACGGGCACAGAUGAAUUCUUGAAGCGUGCGAUUACGAUUGCUUCCACGCGUUUUGUCCCUUUUCC